UGCGAGACUUACAUACUUGUGCGUGGAGGGGGUUCAAUGCUUGAGAGAGCGCACUGCCGCAAGUUUACUGACACUUGCAGACGAACAGUAGUUUAUAACGGAGGAUAUUAUGUGUAAUGAGUGCAUACAACACACGAAUUUGCUUGCGCGUGAAAAUUGCUGCACGCGGAAAUAAGCCCAUCGCAGCAGUAUCAUAAAAAACUCAAAGCGAAUGUCUAGUCAGCGAGGCGAAUAUGAUGCAGUUGAGGCAGAAGCAGCAGCACCGGACGAUGAGGCAGUGUGCCGGCCAACGACCGACUCUACUUGCAACUGCAACAACAACAUCACGAUAAGAAAACAGUAUAUACCGGAGUGCAGUCGAGCGUUUAGGUAAAGUCUGCCAAGGAUAGACGAGCAAGUAGACCGGCCGGUGCCAAGUGUGAAUGGAGGCGGUGCUCCAUCAGCAACAACAAUCAUUGCACAAUGACGAGUUGAUGACUGCUGGUGUCGAGUUUUCACUCGUUCAUAAUUCAAAUUAUCAUCGCAGCAUGAGUGCUUGGAAGCUCUUACAGAGACGAUGCUACGAUCUUUUGUCCCAUCGUUACUCGCUACUAGUUGUCCUCGUCGCACUCACCUGCAUAUUCGUUGGAAUUAUCCACUUUGGCGAGGUGUGGGUGACUUGGAGCAAAGAAAAAUAUAAAUUGGUGUUUCAUUCCUUUAACGAUAACAUACUAGGCAUAUCAUUUCAAAAGCAACUUUGUCAACAUGUACCUAUCGAUGUUGUUUACACUUGGGUAAAUGGCUCUGAUCCACAGUUCCUUGAGAGUUUACAUUCUUAUGUACCAACAUCUAGUGUUAAUAGUGCACCCUCUAGAUUUAGUGACAAGGAUGAAUUAAAAUAUUCACUCAGAUCAUUGGAAAUGUAUGCUCCUUGGGUACGAAAAGUUUAUAUUAUUACCAAUGGACAAAUACCAAGCUGGCUGGAUAUGGAUAAUCCAAAAGUAUCUCUUAUAACGCAUGAGGAUAUUUUUAUCAAUAUCAGUCACUUACCAACAUUUUCUAGUCCAGCUAUAGAAAGUCAUAUACACAGGAUUCCUGGAUUAUCUAAUAAAUUUUUGUACUUUAAUGAUGAUGUUAUGUUAGGCGAUACAGUAUGGCCUGAAGAUUUUAUUACUUUUGCAAGUGGGCAAAAAGUUUAUUUAGCUUGGUGGGUACCAGAUUGUUCAGAUUCAUGUCCUUGGGCAUGGGUGCAAGAUGGAGCAUGUGAUCCUUCUUGUAACACAACUUUGUGUGAAUUUGAUGGUGGAGAUUGUGAUAUAACUAAACAUAAGUCAGAGAAAUAUGGAGAAGAUAUUGAGGAUGAUUAUCCUUCUAAGUAUAUGCAAGAAACUAAACUAGGAUCAAAUGGUGUUGAAAAGCUACUUGAAGCAAUCCAGUUGAGAAAAAAAUCAAUAUCUCCAGGAAUAAAUGAUUCAACUUUAAAUACUUUGAGAUCAUUACUUUUUGAUAAUAAUCCUUGGGAAGAAGCAUUGCAAAAAUUAGCUAAAAAAAAUAAUGUCUUUACAGAAGUACCUUACAAAUAUGUCCCAAAACUUCACAAGGAUAAAAAAAAUACUGACAAUAAUAGUGCAACGACAAAAAAAAAAAUAUCUACAUUUCAUCCCACAAAUAUUGCAAAUAAUACAGAUAGACGGUUGAUAAAAAAAUACAUUGCCAAUGACGAUAUUAUUAAUUUAGUACAUGUUAACGAUUCUUUUCAAAAAUCUGAUCAACAAAAUAAGAAAACACGCUCUUUGGAUACAUACGCCGAAUCAUUGUUAAACGUCAACAGAAUUUACAACAAAGCUUAUGGUUUUGCUCGACGCAAAGUCCCUGCUCAUAUGCCACAUUUAUUAGAUCGUCAAAUUAUUGUGGAUAUGCAAUUAAAAUUUGCAAAAGAAUUUGAUAUAACAUCGAGUCAUCGCGUGAGAAGCUCGAAUGACAUGCAAUUCGCUUUUUCUUAUUUUUAUUUUUUACUCAGUGAGAAACAGGAUGUGCCGAUAGCUAAUAUUUUCGAUGUUUUCGACACGGACAAAUCACAGACUUGGUCUGACAGAGAAAUUCGAACUUUGUUAUCUCGAAUGUACCCAUUACCACUCGAUUAUAGUAUCGUUGUCGAUUUUGAACAAAAAAUAAUUAACUGUUCAGAUUUGCUUCAAUUAAACGAUAAUUCAAACAUCACACCUCCUCCUAACGAGAGAUAUAUCGAUUCAUCAUUGCCAACAGUCACGCGUGAAUUAAUAUUAAACUGUGAAUCGGUAGUCAAAAUGCUGCAUUCGAAAUUUGGCAAGUUGCAAAAGUACCAGCACAAAAUAGUCGAGGCUGGUAAAAACGAAAUAUUUGAAAUGCUAACAAGUAACGUCACGACGACCGUCAGAGUAUUAGACAAAAUUCGAAGCGAACCGAAGAAAUUCAUAUGUCUCAAUGACGACCUAGAUCCAUCGAAGCAAUCGGACAACGAAGUAGUCCGAGCUCUACUCAACGAUUUUUAUCGAUCGCUCUACCCAAAAAGAAGCAGUUUCGAGCUACCCCUGCAGUAUCGGAAUCGUUUCACUCAUCGACACGAGCUAUUUGAGUGGCGUCAAAAUCGCACGAGAGCCCGAAACAUCGUGCUGCUGCUCGUUACGCUGCUGCUCGUGCUCAUUUCGUAUCACGCGAUUCGUCACACUUCAGUGGUUUACGGUGGUAAACGCUGCUCGUCGACUAUUCAGAUUAGCAGACAGCGAUUACCGACGCACCAUCACAAUUCGUCUGGCGUCUCUUUGUUUUGAUGCUCAUAACGGUCUGCAGCUGCAAUAAUGUUUAAAAAAACAUCAUGAUCUGCAACGAUCUAGUCAAGUGAAAGAUUAUCAAAAAUCUUGUACAUAGUUUGACGUUAAAUCAAAAUUUUGCUUUAUUUUACUAUUAUAUAUAAAUAUAUAAUGGAUUUAUUGGUCUAUCCGCUCGAGUCGUAAAGUUACGUUGUUUUUUUUUACUACAACUAUUAAAUACCUGCAGCUGAAUAACUUUAUUCUACAUUAAUUUUACGACUGAUCAACAACAAUAACAACAAUUUGUGCAGUAAUCAAUAUAUCUAAACGUAAUUAUAAAUGUACAAUAUAUAUUUAUGUAUGCCAUGUAAAUAUAUUAGACAUGCAUAUAUAUUUAAAUACGUUUA